AUGAACUACCAAAUCUCGCAAAGGCUGUGGCAGCAGCUGCAUCACUUUGCCAGCUUCCCACAGACUGGCAUCUCGCUGCGACAGAUGGUGCAGUUCGGACGCAAUCCCAACCCAGGGACCAUUCUCCAGGCCGGCAGCUUCCUCCACGAGGAGUUGCCCAUCCGCCUGGCACAUCGUGUCAAGGAGCUAGACGAGCUACCCCACGACCUCUCCAAGAUGCCUUCGAUCGUCAAGGUCAAGAACUGGUAUGCGCAGUCGUUCGAGGAGCUCGUCAACUUUCCCAAACCCACAAUGUCGGGAGCGGUGCAAAAGCUGCUUCAGAGCGCAUCAAAAACGGCAGAGCCCUUACCUGAAUCCAAACCCAAUCCGAGUCUGCUCGAGUCGGCCUCGAUCGGCGACGGCGAAGCGGGCAUGGCAAAGGCGCUUGCACCCAGGAAUGGCAACGGCAAAAACGGCAACGGCUCCAAGUCGCGCGCACUCCUCGAACAUCGCUACUACGCCAACCUUCCCGACCAGCAGUGGCCCGUCGAGAUCGACCAGUACAACGAGGACUUUACCAAGGCGCUCGAGAAGAUCAAAAAGAGGCACGAUGCCGUCGUCACCACCAUCGCACAGGGCGUGCUCGAAUACAAGCGUUCAAGAAAGGCCAACACGCUCCAGGCCGACGUGCAGGCGUUCUUGGAUCGUUUCUACCUUUCGCGUAUCGGCAUCCGUAUUCUCAUCGGGCAGCACAUUGCGCUCAGCCGAAGCUCGCAGCGCCCCGCCGCCAAUCUCAUCGGCGGCGGCGGCAGCGGCAGCACCGUCAGCAGCAGCGGCGACUACUCGCUGUCGGACCAAAUCGCCCGCGUCAAGGUCGACGGCAACCAGGAGCACGAACAGUACGUCGGCAUAAUCUGCACCAACACCAACGUAGGCGCCAUGGCGCACGAGGCCAUCGAAAACGCGCGCUUCGUCUGCGAGGAGCACUACGGCCUCUUCAAGGGCCCACCCGUCCAGCUCGUAUGUCCUCCGGACCUCACGUUCAUGUACGUGCCGAGCCACUUGAACCACAUGCUCUUUGAGCUGCUCAAGAAUUCGCUGCGUGCAGUCGUCGAGCGCUACGGCGUGGACCAGGAGGACAACUUCCCGCCCAUCAAGGUCAUCGUCGUCGAGGGCAAGGAGGACAUCACCAUCAAGAUCAGCGACGAGGGCGGAGGAAUCCCGCGCAGCGAGAUGCCGCUGGUCUGGACAUACAUGUACACCACGGCUCAGUCCGAGGAUCUGGACCCCGAGUUCAACGCGUCCGACUUCAAGGCGCCCAUGGCUGGAUUCGGAUACGGACUGCCGCUCGCGCGGCUGUAUGCGCGCUACUUUGGCGGCGACCUCAAGCUCAUCUCGAUGGAGGGCUACGGCACGGAUGUGUAUCUGCACCUCAACCGACUCUCUUCGAGCAGCGAGCCUCUCCCCGAGAUCGAAGCCCAGGCGCGUGCCAGCAGCGACGGCCGCGGACGAGACGAAGCUUCGUCCAAGACGCGCAAGCAGCAGCCGUCGCUGCUGGAGCUGCCGGCGUUUGGCUUUGCGGAUCCUGUACCGCCGCCGUACUCACAACAGCCCGGUCUCGACGAUCAACACCGUUUUGGACCUGCCCCUCCGCACGCUGCUGGCGCGGCAGCCUCGACGGGAGGGGGACUCGCAUUCCUACGGGCACUCUUGCCCAAAAGCUGGCAGCGGAGAUGGGCUCCGCACAGCGACUCGACCGAGGAUAGCCGGCUCAGGGACGAUGGCACCGGGGCGCACCCUGGAACUCGACCUCCGCCGCCUCCGCCACCCUCCAGUGGGAGCGAAGCCCAGAUUGGCCGAGGGCCCUAG